UGAACAUAUCCGACUAAUUUUAGCUGUGUCAUUGCCUACAUUUCCCAGAAUUCCUAACGCACGCAAACUCACGUCACGUCUCAGUCGGCACGUAAACACGGCAACAGGAAGCAGCCCAGUGAAAAUGAACAUUUCUAGCAGAUAGUAUGGAGAGGUAAAGUGUCAUCAGAGUGUCAACGAAAGCAGGGCAGCUUGCCGUGAUCAGCCAAUAGGAAAGCAGCAGGACGAUGACUGAGUGCUUUUUGCCACCCAAUAGCAGCCCUGCAGAGCAGCGGCGAGGGGCAGAGCAUCAGAGCGGUGUGCCUCGGACCCCUAGCUCAGAGGAGAUCAGCCCCACUAAAUUCCCAGGGCUGUACCGCACCGGCGAGCCUUCACCACCACAUGACGGACACCACCAUGAGCCACCUGAUGCUGUCUCUGAUGAUGAUAAGGAGCACGGCAAGAAGAAGAACAAGUUCAAGAAAAAGGAGAAACGAACCGAGGGCUACGCGGCCUUCCAGGAGGAUAGCUCGGCUGACGAGGCCGAGAGCCCGUCCAAGAUGAAGCGCUCCAAAGGCAUCCACGUGUUCAAGAAGCCCAGCUUCUCCAAGAAGAAGGAAAAAGACUUUAAAGUGAAGGAAAAAGGCCCCAAAGAGGAGAAGGCCAAGGACAAGAAGUCCAAGGACUUGACUGCAGCCGAUGUGGUCAAGCAGUGGAAGGAGAAGAAGAAGAAGAAAAAGCCAAGCACUGCAGAACCAGAGCCUGUCCCAGUGGAGACUCCAGCCACAGUCAGACCCAUUUUCGGAGCGCCGUUAGCUGAAGCAGUGAGGAGAACAGCGCUGUAUGAUGGAAUACAGCUGCCGGCCAUUUUCAGAGAGUGUAUUGACUACAUUGAGAACUAUGGCAUGAAGUGUGAAGGCAUCUACCGUGUCUCCGGAAUGAAGUCAAAAGUGGACGAGCUGAAAGCGGCGUACGAUCGGGAGGAGUGCCCGUGCCUGGAGGAGUACGAGCCACACACUGUGGCCAGCCUAAUGAAGCAAUACCUGCGAGAGCUGCCUGACAACCUCCUAGGUCGAGAUCUGGCACCGCGAUUCGAGGAUGCUUGCGGCCGCUCCAGCGAAGCAGAGAAGCUGCACGAGUUCCAGCGGCUUCUGGCUGAGGUUCCUGAGAGAAGCAGGCUACUCCUGUCAUGGCUCAUCACCCAUAUGGACCAUGUGAUUGCCCGUGAGGCAGACACCAAGAUGAACAUCCAGAACAUCUCUAUUGUGCUCAAUCCCACUGUACAGAUAGGGAACCGGGUCCUGUAUGUCUUUUUCACCCAUGUGCGUGAGCUAUUCGGGGACGUUGUUCUGAAACAGGUGGUGCAUCCUCUGCGCUGGUCCAACGUAGCCACCAUGCCAGCCUUGCCUGACACUCAGGAGAGUAUUAAGGAGGAGAUCCGGAGACAGGAGUUCCUUCUGAACCGCCUGCAUAGAGAUUUGCAGGCUGGGAUAAAGGACCUGUCUAAAGAGGAGCGUCUGUGGGAGGUUCAGCGUAUCCUCACUGCUCUCAAACGCAAGCUGCGUGAGGCCAAAAGACAGGAGUGUGAGAGUAAGAUAGCACAAGAGAUCGCCAGCCUGUCUAAAGAAGACGUGUCCAAAGAGGAGAUGUCUGAGAACGAAGAGGAGGUUCUUAACAUUCUCCUGGCUCAGGAAAACGAGAUACUGACCGAGCAGGAGGAGCUGAUCGCUUUGGAGCAGGUCCUGCGCAGGCAGAUCGCCACGGAGAAAGAGGAGAUCGAACGACUACGUGCUGAGAUCGCUGAUAUACAGAGGUCAGAGUUAACACGCCGUCAGCAGGGCCGGAGUGAAACAGAAGAGUAUUCCUCAGACAGUGAGAGUGAGAGCGAGGAUGAAGAGGAGCUGCAAAUUAUUCUGGAAGACCUACAGAAGCAGAAUGAAGAGCUGGAGAAUAAGAACACUCAUCUGAACCAGGCCAUCCAUGAGGAGCAAGAAGCUAUUUUGGAGCUCCGUGUUCAGCUCCGUCUCCUUCAGAGCCAAAAGCUGCAGCAGGAGCACACGGCUCCACCCACAGCAGAGCAGGCCACACCCACACAGCCCAGCCCAGAGGAGCGAUCCAGAGCCGAAGAGCCGAUCAAACGCAACGUACCCGUAUCCAUGGCACCCCCAAGUGAUGCCAGCAUUGCCGCUUCCACAACUCCAGCCAAUGGGAAGCCGGGAAAGGACGGUUUAAAAGCUUCUCCUAGUAAAACAUACGCUGUCAAUCAAAAUCCACCAAUAUAGAACAAACACGUGAUCGGUGUCUCUUGUAUUGUGGCAAGUGAGGUGACGUUUUAAAGAUCCAUUAACUCACAGGUUUGAACACUCGGACCACAACUGUGAUUUAAAAAAAUGUAGCUGAAGGUGAAGGGAGUAAAGUGCGGAGGAGGUGUCAUGGUUGUUUUUUUUUUGUUUUUGUUUUUUUUGUGUGUGUGUGUGUGAAAAACUAAAUAAAAAUAUAUAUAAAAUUCUAUCUGUAAUGAAAAGAGCUUCAGCGUAAAUUUGGUUAGGAUUUAAUUUUACUGUUGUUCAAAUACAGGCAAUGCCGAUUCCAAGGAAUAUACAGAUUUCUGCCAAUCUCUAAUUUUCUGGGAAAUUAUUAAUAUUAUUAAGCUAUUUGCUGGAAAAAGGUUCAGAUUUAUUUCUUAAAUGGGAUGAAAAAUAUUGGUCUCUUCAUUUCUCUGUACAUUUCUCCUUUUUUUUUUUUUACGCCAAGAUUAAGAUCGAAGAAGCCUGCAAAGUUAUUUCUGAAGGGGUGUGUGUGUGUGUGUGUAUUUGUGUUUGUGUGUGUGUAUGUGUGUGUGUGUGUAAGUGUAAGAAGUAUACAACCAUUGUGCCAUAGGUGAACGACUACAACCAGACCGAAGUUUUACACUGAAGAGAUAAAACAGAUCAGACGAAGAAGUUCAGAUGGUCUGAUUUUAUAUAUUUACAUUAUUUAAAUAUCAGUUCUUUUUAUUAAAUAUAUUCUUCAUGCGAAAUUAAAUAAAGUGAAAAUGUUCAAUGAAUAGAGAUCUGGUCAGAAUCAGCUGAUGGUCACAUUGUCAACAUAUUUCAGUAAAAAAGGUUUUGUAUUGUGUUUACAAAACCUUUUUACAUUUUUUUUUUAAACAGUAUGACGACCUAAUCAAAUUGUUGCCAGUAAUUUAUCACACGGUUAUCUAAUUCUCCAUUUUAUUGUUGUAUGACUAAGUUGUCUUUCUGAUUGAUUAUUUGUUAUUGCUUUGCAGUAGUAAUGACACCAAAUUUACAAUGUGUUCCACAAGAGCAUAGAGAAUGUUGUUUAAAUUCCCCUUCCUUUAAGCCCUAUAUAUAAUCUAUUUCCUUUUUGUGUUUGUGUGGGUUUUUUCUCGCAUCUUGUUAUCAGAACUACGAAUUCCACUUGAAUUUAUAAAUACUGUUUCUGUCCAUUCACACUUUUUUGUUUCUUUUUAGUGGUUCUAAUAUGACAUUUUGUGAAAAUGAAGCUCUUGCAUUGUCUAAGUUGCGAUAGUUCUUCACGCUCUGAACGUUUUUGUAGCUCUUUGUCUUUACUAACAGACAGAUGCUAUGAAAUACAAUAAAUAUGUUAUGUGUGAUGAAAGCAUUCCAAUUAUUAUAAUGUAAAUAUAUAUGUAUUGGGUGAAGGAUUAUUAUAGUGUUACUACAGAGAGAACAGAGAAUGUCUAAGGUUCUGAUCACAGCCCUGUAUUGACUGCACUUAAUAACCAUAAAUAACAGGAACACCACAUUAAAUCAAAUAACCACUCGGAAAAUAAAGCAUCCGCAUGUUGAACGUCGACGUAGAUGAUCUAAAAAUACGAACAUAUCAGACCCUACUUAAGAUUCCCCUCCUUUCAUCCAAAUCUAAUUGUCACCUGUCCUGUAUCGCUGCAUAGAUUUGCUAUUAUUGAUUUUUUUCUUAAGCCUUUAUUGGUCACAUAUACUGUACAUUCGUUAUGUGUAUGUAUGUUAGAGCCCAGUAAAAUUCUUAACUUCACAUAUUACAUAACAGCAUGUUAGGGUUUUUGGGGUCAGAGCACAGGGUCAGAUAUGAUACAGCACCUGAAGCAGACCGAAUCAAGGGCCUCGCUCAAGGGCCCGAUAGCGGCAUCUGUGGUUUGAACCCCAACAUUUAGAUCCGUAACCCAAUGCCAUUGCUGGAUAAUAAGUGGAUUGUAUAUAUUUUGUGUCAAGAGCUUAAUUAAAGGUUGUUUUUUUUCAACCAGGUCA